AUGAAAAAAUUCCCAGCAUAUCCCUAUGAUCCUACCAAAGACUCAAGGCCCCCCAGAAAUGAUGCAACCAGACCUUCUCAAAGCCUCGAUCAUUGUCUGCCCAAAUCCCAUAUCCAACAACAAUACACCAGCCAAUCUCAUCAACAGACACAAGUCUCUACGGCCCCACCUCACACCACUUUUCCACAAAAUUCCUAUUCUUCACCCGGUGUCACUAAUGCACCGGAGGUCCUCCCGCCAUUACCAACGUGGCUCCCUUCUUCUCAAAGGGUUAUACAUUCGUCUCAGCAGCAGCAACAGCAACAGCAACAACUACAACAACAACAACAACUACAGCAUCAGCAUCAGCAACAUCAUCAGCAACAUCAUCAGCAACAUCAUCAGCAACAUCAUCAGCAACAUCAUCAGCCAAAUCAUCAGCAUCAUCAACAUCAUCAACAUCAUGAUCAGCAUCAUCGUCAGCAUCAUCACCACCGGUAUCAACAAUAUCAACUACAGCAACCACAAGAACAACAUCAGCAGCUACAAUUUCAACAUCAGCAAUACCAAAGAUUACCACCAUCCCAGCAACUGCCAUUUUACCAGCAGCAACAGCAGCAACAGCAGCAACAGCAGCAACAGCAGCAACAGCAGCAACAACAACCACAACAACCACAACAACCACAACAACCUUUGCCACAAUCCCAUAACCCUCAUCCAUACAAUAACACUCUUGUCCCUACUAGUACUAGUACUAGUCACCUCCAUUCUACCCCUUCAGUAUAUCAGCGUCUUCGCAGCAGCCCCUCUCCUGUAUCUAGACCCCCUGUCAAUGAGAGGCUCUCACCAGGAUACAAACCAUCUAUCCCAGUAUCUGGCCUGCUUUUUCCCGAGGCCAAUCCCCCUCUUCCUCUUCCUCCUUCUUAUACAAAUUCUAAUAACCCCACCAUCAACUCAUUAUGUGUCACACAAACUCCUGGGACUUCUUCUCCAAAAUAUACAACUUCCUUGGCAAAUAUUAAACAAUUACCUCCCCUACCAUAUACAGAACCCACAUUCAUUAAACCAGAAUCUACUACAUCGGGCCACCCAAACUCCAGCUAUGGCUCCUUCUCGGUUCCUACGACCUCACCAAAUUACUCCGUCCCACAUACCAUAUCUCGGUCUUCGACGUCAUCGACGUCCUCAGCAACUUCUGCUUCAUCUCAUAAUGGCUCAAUCUCUUCCAUUUGUUCGACUUCAGUCUCUGGUGCCUCAAGCUCACAAACUUAUUCCUAUACCCAACAAUGCCCAAUUUUAUCUCUCCCAGAUAAUAUUAAAGGCAUGAUUUUUGACGCCCUUCUUAUGCCAUACACAAUUCCUCGACAAAAGUUUUACUUGAAUCCGGAAUACUUGUAUCAAACUGAUCUCAUCAAUUUUUCUUCAACGUGCUCUUUUCUGCGUAAAUGUGUCUGUACUCAACUCUGGUCCAAUAUUGCCAUUUAUUCGUCAAACUUAGAUUUGUCAUUUCUUGAGCCUCCAUUCGAUAAACUUAGAAUACCUUCAAUAGAAAAUGCCAAAAUGUCAAAACAACGAUUGGCUAAACUUGAGAAAAACAAGUACUGCCUGUUGUUAUCGUCACAUAAGUUUAAAAACAACACUCAAAUACCAUUCCCCAUUUCCAUACUGCAAUAUGCAAAAACUUUAUCCUUUGAUACUGAUCUCUCCUUCACUUUCUUGAAUGGCCAAGGCUUAGUUUCAACUCAAGAAAUCUACAAAAUAAUCAAUCUUCCCAUCAUGGCUCCUACAAAGCUUCGCAUGGUUUUGCACCUGUCAAAUCAAACGGCUGUUUUAAAGUAUAUUGAACAGGUUUUGCCAUCCCAGCCCACUCUUUUCUUGAGCCUUCACAUUCCAGAUAGUCAAGCUAUUCGCCAAAUUUGUCACUCUCCAAUUCUUGUCGAAAGACUCAUUUCUCUAUCUCUCAUGGGCACAAAGUUUCAUUUUGACAAGGCUUCAUGCAGAGCUUUAGAGGCUCUCCAUGCUCUGGAAUUCCUUCAUUUGCCAAUUGAUAACAAACUAAUUAGCAAUGACCGCGAUCAAUUCAAUCGUAAGACAAGAGACUUGUUGAUCAAUCACUUCAACAAGCUUGUUUCACUGCGUGAAAUCAGAAUCUACAGUGAAGACAUGAGUAUCCCCCUUAACCGACAGUGGCUACCCAAAACUGUUGACACACUUACAAUCAAUGUAUUAAGUUUGCGCAAAACACCUCACAUUAAGGAAGAUCUUUUUGAUGGUGUUAAACAUCUAACCAUCAUUUGCAGCCCAAAUAGAAAGCCACCGGUAGUUCCUUUCCCCUUUCGCAAUCUUGAAUCAUUAAGUGUUAACCGCGCUGAAAACCAGUCAGGGUCUAUUAAACGUUGCUACGAUGCCAUCCGUACUUUAAUCCACAGAAACACUCGGAUUUCUAAACUCAAAUGCCACUAUGUCCAUCCCAUGGACAUGAGCGUUAUAAUUGCUGGUAGUCGAAAUAGUGUUUUCCAAACCAUUGUGGAUGAAAUUUCUCUGGAUUCCCACAUUCGGUUUCGUCUUUCUCGUCUUGCUGACCCCUUUUACCAGCCGGGAUCUUACAAUGAUGACGAGGAGAAUAGAGUGACAGAUUCAGAUUCCGACUUGGAUGCCAUGAAUGGCAUUUUGUGGUUUCUUAACGUGGACUCGCUAAGUGGUAUUCUUCAAGAGCUUUACAACUUUUCUCAUCUUAAAAGAGUCCGUCUUCCUGUUUUGGAAUCGUGUAUUCAUUUUAUGGACAUUGUUAUGCUUGCGAAGCGUAACCCAGUUAUUGAGUCCUUGGUUCUGGUGUACCGAACACAGAAUUAUGAAAACUACAUUAGCUCUCGGAGGCCUGAUAUGAGUUAUGUGAAUAAGUUUUUUUUUGAAAAAACAUCCGAUGAUGAAGCAGCUGAUAACAGAACUCGAACUUUUACUCCUAGUAUUACAAAUCCUAGUAGUGGCAGUGGCAGUGGCAGUGGCAGUGGCAGUAGCGGUAGCAGUAGCAGUAGCAGCAAUAAUGGUAGUGGGAGUACUCAUGUAUUUGGGUCUUCCUCGUCAACACCAUUAAAUAUUAAUGCCAAGAAUAGCGUUAAUGCCAGCAACUCCAGUAAUACAACUAGUAACAGUAGCACAAAAACUGCCGACUUUGCCGUUCCUGCACUUUUGACGGGGCUUCAACACCACAAUUUUCAACAACAACAACAACAUCAGCUACCAAGAAUUAUUGGCCAAUCCGGGAGCUUUGAUGCAACACAAACUUCGGUUAUAACGACACCACAACCGAACUUUUCUCUGGUUCAUAGUCAUCCGAUUUUGACUGAAACUUCUCCAGUUUAUCCAGUGUCCAUUAAUUCCGAAAUCCGAGGUAGGGACCCCACAAGCUCGAAAUAUCAAGUGGAUAUGAGCCGUCUUUUCAUUCUUCUAAAUCCUGAAGACCAAGUGUGCUCACUGAAUGAGUUUAAACCAGUUGAUCAUGUUGCAUACUUUUAUUCAGAUUUGUCUUUAUGGAGAGGGCUAGCCUGA